AUGCCUCGAUAUCUACUUUUUUAUGCUCAUGAACUGAUCGAAUUUCGUCUAUCUGAAUUAUUCAGUUUGGCUGAAAUGUUUGGUUUUCGUGAGAGUAUGACAAUUGAAAGAAAACCAGAUCAGGAUCCAUUUUUAUUAUGUACAUUUUCCAAUAUCGAUCAUCUCAAACUAUAUUCAUCACGAUCGGUUUUGUUAAAAUCUGCUUAUGAAUAUUGGACACAUGGAUCAUCACUGAUAGAUGUUGUUGAUAAAUUAACUGUACAUUCCAAUUGGGUAAAU